CCAAAUCUAUGGACUACAAAAGUUGACGUACAAACAUCAAUGCACAAUGUACAAUAUAUCUGUAUUGAAAAAUUGCAAAACGUCUCUCUUGGUUCUACCAUUUCUUCACUUUACAAAUACUCCCAAAACAGUCCAAUCGACAAUUUUCUAAAAUCAAAAUUGAAAACCAAAACAACUAAUUUCUCUAUUUUUCAGUUCAGAUUUCUACGGAAGUGGAAAUUUUUGCAUUAAAAGAUGGGGACAACGAUGAGAAUUGUUUUCGGGCUGCUUACACUUGUCACCUGUGGAAUGAUUCUCGGAGCUUUAAUUCAAUUAGCAUUUAUUCGUAGGAUGGAGGACUCACUGGACAGAGAAUUUUCUUUUGGUGGAAAGCAUGCAAGUUUAGCUGGCAGCAAUUUUCCGUUAGCAAGAGGAAUCUCUAAUUGGCCUCAUGACAAAGAUGCCAUAGCACUGCGUGUAGGAUAUGUGAAGCCUGAAAUAAUUAGUUGGAAACCAAGAAUUGUAUUAUUUCACAACUUCUUGAGUGCAGAGGAAUGUGAUUAUCUUAGAUCGAUUGCCAUUCCUCGCCUUCAUGUUUCCACUGUUGUAGAUGCAAAAACUGGGAAGGGAGUUAAGAGUGAUGUCAGAACAAGUUCUGGUAUGUUUCUGAACCCUGAUGAGAGGAAGUAUCCCAUGAUACAGGCAAUUGAAAAACGAAUUUCUGUGUAUUCUCAAAUACCAGUAGAAAAUGGGGAACUCAUUCAAGUGUUAAGGUAUGAAAAGAAUCAGUUCUAUAGAGCCCAUCAUGACUAUUUCUCUGAUAGUUUUAAUGUGAAGCGUGGAGGUCAAAGAAUAGCUACAAUGCUCAUGUAUUUGAGCGACAAUGUGGAGGGGGGAGAAACAUACUUUCCUAUGGCUGGCACUGGUAAAUGUAGCUGUGGCGGCAAAAUGAUCCAAGGGUUAUGUGUAAAACCUACGAAAGGAGAUGCUGUUCUUUUUUGGAGUAUGGGGCUUGAUGGACAAUCUGACCCUGAUAGUCUACAUGGAGGAUGUGAAGUACUCUCAGGAGAGAAAUGGUCAGCUACUAAAUGGAUGAGGCAAAGAACUGUAUCCUAAAUUCCUCAUACAUUUCUUCUUCUUUUUUCUUUUUUUUUUCGUUCUAUCUAUAUUGUAUCUUGAUAGGAAAAAAAAAGGAGUUACAUGACUUUUGUAAAAUUAGCAACACAUGUUGUAUUGUGAAAAAAUGAAGCCAUAUAUAGAGUUUACUAAUUUGAACUUUC